UCUUUUCCUUUUCCUCUCUCUCUCUCAUCAUCACCACCUAACUAUCCCCAGUAUAAAUACCAACCUCCCACCUUUCUUUUCUCUCAGCUUGGCCGUUCCCUUCACAGAGAACAACAAGCUGAACAAAGACUCCAAUUCAAUUCCCCCUUCCAUUUACGUAAAUAGUCCGUAACUAAAUUGGCUUAAAAUUCCAGUUUAAUUACCUUAAAAAUCGACAAAUAAAAAUGCAUUACCUCAGACCCUCUCCGAGCCUACAGUUCCCCGUCAGAGCGAUGACUCCGAUUCCCACCUACCGCGUCUCCCCGAGUCGACUAGUCAUCCAAUGCGCCUACCGCUUCGACUCGGCAAACGCGACCAACCCCGCCGCCCCCACCAGCGCCUGCUUCAACUUCUGCGGCGGCAUCGGCUCCACCCGCGCCGAUUGGCAGAGCACGUGCGCCAUCCUCGCCAGCAAGGUCGUCUCCCAACAGCAAGACACCAAGAAAGACUCCGGCAACGUCGCCGCCGUGAACGGCCACAAAACCCUGGAUCUCGUCCCAGUCGACACCAACUGCAACCUCCCCAAGGCCCUGACCAUCACCGACCUCUCCCCGGCCCCGAUGCACGGCGCCAAGCUCCGCGUCGCCUACCAGGGCGUCCCCGGCGCAUACAGCGAGGCCGCCGCCGGCAAGGCCUACCCGAGCUGCGAAGCCAUCCCCUGCGACCAGUUCGAAGUUGCGUUCCAAGCCGUCGAGCUCUGGAUAGCCGAUCGAGCCGUUUUACCGGUGGAAAACUCACUUGGCGGAAGCAUUCACCGUAACUACGACCUCCUCCUGCGCCACCGCCUCCACAUCGUCGGCGAGGUCCAGCUCGCCGUCCACCACUGCCUCCUCGCCCUCCCCGGCGUCCGCAAGGAGUACCUCACUCGCGUCAUCAGCCACCCCCAAGCCUUAUCCCAGUGCGAACUCACUUUGACCAAAUUAGGUCUCAACGUCGCUCGCGAGGCGGUCGACGAUACCGCCGGCGCGGCGGAGUUCGUGGCGGCGAACAACCUCCGCGACACGGCAGCGAUCGCAUCCGCACGCGCCGCCGAUUUGUACGGAUUACAGAUCCUGGCGGACGGGAUCCAGGACGACUCGAGCAAUGUCACGAGGUUCGUGAUGCUGGCGCGUGAGCCGAUCAUACCGCGCACCGAUCGGCCGUUCAAGACGAGCAUUGUUUUCGCGCACGACAAGGGGACGUCGGUACUAUUCAAGGUGCUGUCGGCGUUCGCGUUCCGGAACAUCAGCUUGACGAAGAUCGAGAGCCGGCCGCACCGGAACAGGCCAAUCCGGCUCGUUGACGACGCGAACGUGGGGACGGCGAAGCACUUCGAGUACAUGUUCUACGUGGACUUCGAGGCCUCGAUGGCGGAGGCGCGUGCGCAGAACGCGCUGGCGGAGGUCCAGGAGUUCACGUCGUUCUUGAGGGUGUUGGGGAGUUAUCCCAUGGACAUGACGCCUUGGUGCCCCUCCCAGGACGAUUAGCAAAAUCCCUUUUUUUAUUUUAUUUUUUAUUUUAAUGUUUUCUUUUCAUUUUUUUUUUUGGAUUUUUCGUUGUUGUAUUUUUUAUUCAUCGACGAAUCAGGAGACGAGGAAGAAUUGGGGCAAAAAAACUAUUUACGGGUUAGAGGGUAAAUAUGGAGUGGAUGUCUAUGGACUAUGGCAUUUUAUGGUUAGGUGUAAGAUUGUGAAUAAUUUACCUCUCAAGUCUUUGUGAUUCUUCAUGUUUAUUACAGACAAUGAAGAAAGGAAGGAGAAAUAAAUUACUCCGCCUAUUUUGAUA